UGUCCAGGCAAGACACGGUCCCCACCCUCCUCCUUUUCUCCUCCCUGCAAGUGUGUGUCAUUCCGCUCUCUCUUUCGCUCUUUCUCUCUGUCUCUCUCUCUCUCCUUUUAAUCUUGCCGUGUUCUGGUAUGUUAGCAUCAAAACUCAUGUUCUCACACUCUCUCACACACACACACACACACACACACGCUAUAAGACACUGAGACCUCAUUCACAAGUGGAGGCGCCAAAGAGUGAAGGCCCAUUGACUUUGACAAGGAACAGACACGCCGGUCUUGUUUUCCCAGGAAGUUUGAUCCUUUUUGGGUGAAGAGUUGGAGCCGUGCCAGCCGCUGACACUUUGACACACUCUUUCUCGCACAUUGAGAGAGAAAGCUCCGUGGUCGCGCGCUGCUGACACAAGGGUCAGAGCAUUUAGGAUCAUUGUGGACCGAAAGAGUGCGUCCAGCUGCUUGACAUCUGGGACUCAUUGUUGAGGCCAACUUUUUUUUUUUGGUCAAACUUUUGAAUGAGGAUGACCGUGGAUGUCGAACAGAGUCUGGACAUGUGGUGAUUAUCACCCCGCCACCCCUGGAAGGAAGGUAGCGCUGAUCCGGAUAUCAGGAAAUCCCCCCCUGUGGAAUAGAUCAGUUUGGAUUCAUUGGAUCUGGCUUGAAGUCGCUUUUCGGGCAGUGUGUUAGCCAUGUUGGUAAUGGAGGUGACAUAGCUCCAUAUUCACUGCCCCGCUCAGGUAUGAGCCGUAGUCAGGACCCUUAUUGGGGCUCUGUCAACAGAGGUACGGCAGACUGGUUUGGUGUGAGCAAAGACGGCGAGAGCAGCCAGCGAUGGAGGAGGAAGAGCGUGCAGCAUUGCAGUCAUCUCUACGGGGGGCUAAAGGCUCAGGUGAUGAGGGGCAUGGAGCUGACCAGCCAAGACAACCUCUCCCUGGCCAGCACUGAGACCCCUCCACCCCUUUAUCUCACGCCCCACCACCCUAGUCACCAUCACUAUGGCAUGCAGAGGAUUGUGGACCCCCUGGCUCGUGGUCGCGCCUUCCGUACGGUGGAAGAGGUAGAUGGCUUCGGCGCGCCGCCGGCUCACACCAACGCCUGCACGGCUUCGCUAUGCUCCUUUUCCAGCUCCCGCUCGGCCCUCAGCAUGUUGCCACGGCGACGCAAACGGGAGUCAGUUGCCGUCAUGAGCCUCAAAGCUGCCUCGGCGUUGAUGAAGGGCCGUGCAUUAGGUGAAAGCGGCGCAGGACGGUACCGCAAGCGGAGUUUCCUGCCCUCCAGUUUCUUUGAAGAUGACACGCUGGACUUCCCCGAUUAUCUGGACACGUCUUUCUUCACUGGGGAGGGUCUACCGGAUGAGCUCUCCAGCUAUGCGGAUGAAGUUUUUGAGACGGCAUCGGAGGCCGCGCACCGUCAACCGGAUGAGGGCGAGCUCACCGGAAGUGCGCUGGAUAGGAACGAACUGGAGAGGAGUCACCUGAUGCUGCCAUUAGAGCGAGGAUGGCGCAAAGCAAAAGACGGAUCACUCGUCCAACCCAAGACGCGCAUAAAUCAAGAGAUGGUGAGUCGGCAGCGUGGGCAAAGGAUCGCGUUGCCCGUCAAGAAGCUGUUCACCCGAGAGAAGAAGAGGCCUUACGGGCUCGGCAUGGUCGGCCGUCUCACCAACCGAACGUACCGAAAGCGCAUCGACAGCUUUGUCAAGAGACAGAUCGAAGACAUGGACGAUCACAGGCCUUUCUUCAGCUACUGGAUCACAUUCGUCCAUCUACUCGUCACCAUCUUGGCUGUCAGCAUCCACGGCAUCGCUCCUGUGGGCUUCUCCCAACAUGAAACUGUGGAUUCUGUGUUAAGGAACAAAGGUGUGUACGAAAAUGUGAAAUUUGUGCAACAACAAAAUUUCUGGAUUGGUCCAAGCUCAGAGACGCUGAUCCAUCUGGGAGCCAAAUUUUCCCCUUGCAUGCGUCAAGAUCGAGAGAUUCACAAACUAGUGCAGGAGAAGAGGGACAAAGAGAGAGAGUCGGGCUGCUGCGUGAGGAACGAUCGCUCGGGAUGUUUGCAGACUUUGCAAGAGGAAUGCUCGACCACCUUGGCAUUGUGGGUCAAGUGGCCUCAGCACUCCAGCGCUCCUUCUUUGAAUGGUAAAUUACGUCAAUAUGGUGCUGUUUGCCAUCAGGAUCCCAGAAUUUGUCAGGAGCCUGCCUCUGUUUCGCCUCACGAGUGGCCUGAAGACAUCACCAAGUGGCCGAUUUGCACGCGGUACAGUUUUGUGAACCACACCAAUCUUCCCCACAUUGAUUGUGCCAUCACAGGCCGGCCCUGCUGCAUCGGAACCAAAGGACGAUGUGAAAUCACUUCCAGAGAGUACUGUGACUUCAUGCACGGCUACUUCCAUGAAGAAGCCACUCUCUGUUCACAGGUGGCGUGCAUGGAUGGCGUGUGUGGCCUCCUGCCUUUCCUCAACCCUGAGGUCCCAGACCAGUUUUCCCGACUGUGGCUGUCCCUCUUCCUUCACGCUGGGAUUCUUCACUGCCUGGUGUCAGCGUUGUUCCAAAUGACAGUUCUUCGAGAUCUGGAAAAGCUAGCUGGCUGGCUGCGGAUCUCCAUCAUCUACAUGCUUAGUGGCAUCACGGGCAACCUGGCGUCGGCUAUUUUUCUGCCUUACAGAGCAGAGGUACAGAACAUAUGUGAUCGAACCCCAAAAUGUGGUACAAUCAGCAUUAGUGAUGUAUACAAGCUGUCAUUGGGCAGUAGGCAAGGGACACCCUGAACCGGUUGCCAGCCAAUCGCAGGGGACACG